GGGAGUCGUUGUGGCUGACCUGUUAUUGGUUUUCGGGAUUUAGUGAUAAUAGUAGAAAGGUUAUUUUACCGAUAAGUGACCGACGGGGAUGUAAAAAUGUUGUACGCAAGUAAUUAUUUUUCGUUAUCACCUCAAAAUUUGAACCAUCAAUUAAAUAGAGAAUAUGGCCUUUAUUUAAUGAUCAAUUACACUGCAAACUCUAAAGAAAUACUUAAUAGUUUGUAACAAGCCACGCCUUAAAAUAUUUUGAAAUGGACCUGGCUUCCAGUUCCAUAGAUUCUGUGAAACUUGAAAAUUCAGAUGAAUUGAUGUUUAGUGAGGACGAAGAUGAUGUUCCCAGAUGUGGUGUUUCUCUUAAUGAACUUAAGACCAAAAUAAAAACGGAAUACUCAUCAAACAAAGAAGAGGAAGACAUUAAUGUUGAGAACAAAGAUGAAGAAAACGAUAGUAUUUCUAUAAUUCCCAAAAAAGAAAUAGAAGAUGAAGAAGAUUUGGAGGUGGAACUGAAAGUUAGCCGCUUCUUGGAAAGUCCAGAGAUUGAUGUUAAGAGAACUCGCAAAAGAAAAGGGAAAAAAAAGUCUACAAAAUCUGCUUGUAAAUUUAAGUGUAAUCAUUGCAGCGCAUUAUUCCGUUACAAAUCUACUCUUUCCUACCAUGCAAAAUCUGGCUGUGGGCGUGGUCUUCUUUCGAGCCAAGGUGGUGUUGUAAAAUCCUCUGGAUCUGCCACCUGCCAUAUUUGUGGAAGACGAUUAUCUUCACGUACUAGUUUGAUGGUUCACCUUAGGAUUCAUACAGGUGAAAGGCCUUUCAAGUGUGGUGAAUGUGGUCAAGCGUUCACUCAAAAUGCUCACCUAAAAGAUCACACUGCAAGAUUGCAUUCGGAAGGAGAAAUAUUUCUUUGUCGCAUCUGCAAUCAAACUUUUCCUAACCGAGGGAGACUGAGAGAGCAUUCUACUGAACAUGAAAGUUUGCGUGGUUUUCAGUGCCAGGAAUGCAGUAAAAGGUUUCCAACUGAGGAAAGGCUUGAAGCCCAUAAACGUGCUGGACAUGAGAGCAAACCGCAGUCAUGUCCUCUCUGUGGAGCAGCUUGUGAAUCACGUGUCGCUCUUAAGUCUCAUCUUGCUACACAUUCUCCACCCCUUCGCUGUCCUCUUUGUGACCAGUCGUUUCCUAGUUUGUCCUCAUGGAGACAGCAUGUUACUAGGCAGCACAGAGCUUCUAGAAAAUGUGGGUAUUGUGAAAGAACAUUUUCAUCAGAUUAUGAUUUAAGGGUCCAUGAGAGAUCACAUACAGGAGAGCGGCCAUUUCCUUGUGAGUUUUGUGGACGUGCUUUCUCUAGGAAAUCCAUUCUUGGAGUACAUAGAACCUUGCACACUGGACAGCGAGAUUUUGUUUGUUCUCAGUGUGGAAUGGCAUUCAAUAGAAAAUCUAAGUUAGAUGUUCAUAUUGCAUCUCACCUUCACACUGCUCUCCCUUGUCAGGUAUGUAAUAAAACUUUUAAAUGUAAAGCAUACUUGACAUCUCAUAUGAAGACUCAUGGAAGGCAGGAGGAAGUAGGAAAUGUUAUUUGCCAUAAUUGUGGUAGGUCGUUUGGUUCAAAGCGAGGUUUAUUACACCAUCAAGCAACCCAACAUCCAUUGCCUAUCAAAGAAGAGUUCUUUCAAACAACUUUAUUUAAUUCCUUUAUUAAGCAGGAGCCAUAUGUGUUACCAGAUGAAACUCCCUAUUUAAAUAUUAAGCAAGAGCCAGUUGAUUGAAUGGAAAACCUAUAAUUAAACUGCAAAUAUCAAAAGAAGACAUUUGUUUUAGUUAUUAACUAGUUUAAGAAAAAUCUAUUCAAGUCAACAUGUUUGUCAUUGGCUGAUCUUAAUAGUAUAGUCCUAUUUUAUCUUAUUUUUAGAAAGGAUGUUUGUAAAUUGUAUAAUUUAUACCAUGUUAGUUUUAAAAUUGUUAAAAUGUUUAUUUUGUUAUUUGAUAGCAUCAACGAUAUUCCUAUCUGUUAUGAAUUUUUGACUAG